CACUGGUGUCCGCAGCCUGCGCUCUUCCUGACGCGUGUCCCGCCCUCCCCAGCUGUGCACCGGUUCUGUACAGCUGGGAACGCACGUCGGGAGUCUAGCCAUGUCCGCGGAGAGGGAGGCAACCGAGGCGGCCACUGUGGCGGCGGCGACCGAGGCCGGGGCGGGGACCGGGACCGGAGCCGGGGAGGGUGCGCCUUCGCAGCCCCCGACAGUCGAGGUGGCAAGCGACCCGCAGCCACCCCCGGCCCCCGAAGCGUCAGCAUCCGCUUCGGCACCGCCACUGCGCUGCCUGGUACUCACCGGCUUCGGUGGCUACGAUAAGGUGAAGCUGCAGAGCCGGCCGGCGGUGCCCCCGGCCCCGGGUCCGGGUCUAUUGACGCUGCGCGUGCGAGCCUGUGGGCUCAACUUCGCCGACCUCAUGGGCCGCCAAGGACUGUACGACCGACUGCCGCCUCUGCCGGUCGUCCCCGGCAUGGAGGGCGCGGGCGUCGUAGUGGCAGUGGGCGAGGGCGUCGGCGACCGUAAGGCAGGGGAUCGGGUGAUGGUAUUGAACCGGUCAGGGAUGUGGCAGGAGGAAGUAACCGUGCCAUCAGCCCAGACUUUCCUGAUGCCUGAGGCCAUGACCUUUGAGGAAGCUGCCGCUCUGCUGGUCAAUUAUAUCACUGCCUACAUGGUUCUCUUCGACUUCGGCAACCUGAGACCGGGCCACAGCGUCUUGGUACACAUGGCUGCAGGUGGCGUGGGCAUGGCAGCCCUGCAGUUGUGCCGCACCGUGGAGAACGUGACAGUGUUUGGAACAGCCUCAGCCAGCAAGCACGAGGUGCUGAAGGAGAACGGGGUCACACACCCCAUCGACUACCACACGACUGACUAUGUGGACGAGAUCAAAAAGAUCUCCCCCAAAGGAGUAGACAUCGUCAUGGACCCUCUGGGUGGGUCAGACACGGCCAAGGGCUACCACCUCCUCAAACCCAUGGGCAAAGUUGUCACUUACGGAAUGGCUAACCUGCUGACGGGCCCCAAGCGGAACCUGAUGGCCAUGGCUCGCACCUGGUGGAAUCAGUUCAGUGUGACAGCUCUGCAGCUGCUGCAGGCCAACCGAGCUGUGUGUGGCUUCCACCUGGGCUACCUGGAUGGAGAGGUGGAGCUUGUCAAUAGCGUGGUCACCCGCCUCGUGGCUCUGUACAAUCAGGGCCACAUCAAACCUCGAAUUGACUCAGUCUGGCCCUUCGAGAAGGUGGCUGAUGCCAUGAAGCAGAUGCAGGAGAAGAAAAACAUAGGCAAAGUCCUCCUGGUCCCUGGGCCUGAGAAGGAGACCUAGGGCCAGCGGCUGAGGGAAGGGAGAAGAUGGGAAGCCCUGUCGUGUUGUCCACCAGCCUCUCACAUUUCAUCCUGUCGCGAUGCUCUACCCUCCCUCCCUCCCCCGGAGCAGGUCUCUGCUGAUGACUGCUUCCCUGCUCUGAGCUUGCCCUUGGCAUGGGGCUCUCCCCCACCCCCUUCCUGCCCUCAGGAGAGGUUGGGAAGUGACCACUUGGAUGUCUGGGCCCUGCCAAGGGGACAGGGGGUGUCAGCAGGAGGCUGGCUGCUUCCUGCCCUCCCUGUCUCCCUGGGCCUACCAUGCUGCUUUUGUGCCAAGGUUAGCCAGCCCCUCCCUGCCCUAUCCUGUGUGCUUCCACCUCAGCCUCAUCGUCGUCCCUCCUGCCCCACCCCCACCCAAAGAAUCUGUGCGUCAGCUCAGGAUGUGGGGCCAAUCUGUGUGAGUCCAGCAUGUCUCUGUGUCUCCUUGGUAUCCACGCAGCCCAGGCCGACGAGGCCCACCCCUGGACUUGAUCAGUAUUCAACCUUGUCUCCUGUCCCCCAUGUCCUAAGCACGAUUAGACUUCUUCCAGCUCCAGUUUGCUGCCUCCUACAGCAAGGGCAGGAACCAGGCCAACUCCCUAGCUUAGGCUCUGGGAGGGGUACUGGUACCCCACCAGUACCCCACCCUUCACUGAGGUCUUUGGAUUUGUCUCAGUGCCUUAGCAUCUGAAAACCUGUGCUUGUAUGUGUGUGUAUGUGUGUAGGGGCAGCCCUAUCUCUGGCUCCUUUUCCACCCUUCUCCCCAGUGCCUUUCUCAUCCUGGUGGAGCUGAGGCCUACUCCUCCCCAGUCCAACACUGCCAAAAAUCUGUGUAUGUGCCAGGGGUCGGGGGGAUAGGGGACGGCUCCAGCCUCUGGGGAUCAAUUGCUUUUACUGUGGCCUGUGGCCUAGCCUGUCUCUGUCAGUGGUGGAGAAGCAAGGCGGUAAGCUGGAUCAGCCAGACUUCUGGGAGACACCGCUGGGUCUCAUUCUGGGACCGAAGUGAGAAUCCAAGCACAUUUCUUUCCUUUGCUAUGUAGGGGGCUGCUGCCUUCCCAGAGCCUGGAGGCAGCUCUGCUGUUCAGCCCCAAACUCAGUUUACACUGGUCGGGAAAGGAGGAGCUCCAGCAAGGGAAUAACUAGGCUGGUUAAAAGGGUCAGGGCUACUGGAGCCAAAGUGGGGAUCCUUGAGGCUAGGUGGGGGUCGCCUGCUGCUUCCAAGCUUGGAUUAGAGAGAGCUCUUAGUUCAGCCACUGUCAGAGGGCGUGUGGAGGGAGGGACCCAGCCUCCAGGUAGGAAGUGUGAUUUCUGCUUUCGUGUCCCCCCCACCCCACCCCAUUACCACAGCUGCCUUUGUGUCUGUGUCAAUAAAAAGCCAAACCCUGAGUCCUGAC